AUGAAUGGAAUUCAGAAAUUUCUCUCCAAAAGAGAGGGACGAAGCAAAUCGAGAAGUACAUCCCCUUUGAAGUGGCGACGGAUGCUAGAUUCUGGUAAUAAUCCCGCCCCUAAACUACUCCCCUCGCCACAUUUGACUCUGUUCUCAUCGGACAAAUCGAGCUACGACAAUAGUACCAAAGUUGAGGAAGAGGACGACAAGGUUAGCGCUGAGGAACCCUCAUUGUUUAUUACUUUCCUAAUAUAUCCAACGAGGCUCUCGAACAUAGGAGUUACCACUCUAGGAAAGCCGCAAAUUCGAUAUGCCCUCCGGUCCAAAAUCGCUUGUGGUCGUGUGAACGAAGCAUACGAACUGCUUAUUCUUCUUGAUGAUUCUCUCCACGGCAUCUUGAGAUUUUACAAUCCUUCCAUUAAAUUACUAGGUGCCGAAAAUCGAAAUGGAGUCACAUGCUAUCUGGAUGCCCUUCUCUUCGCAAUGUUUGCUCGCUUGGAUUGUUUUGAAGCAAUCCUAUACAACUCGUUCGAUGAUGAACCUCGACAGAAUUUGUCAGUGCUUUUAAGGCUAUGGGUGAAUCUGUUAAGAUCUGGGAAAUUGAUUACCACCGAUUUCACGAAACAAAUCCAAGACGCACUGGCAAAGUGUGGAUGGCAUGCUGCUGCGGGAGGGCAGCAGCAAGAUGUCUCCGAAGCGUUCACAUUCAUUACUGAGAAGCUCAAUCUUCCGCUACUCACUUUGAAAAUGGAUAUUUUUCAUACAGGAAGAGAAGAAGCAGGUGAUGACCAUAAGUUUAUAAACGAGCGACUACUUGAAGUCGCAAUCCCUUCUGAAACGGUUGACGGCAAGCCCAUAACUUUGGAGGCCUGUCUUGAAAACUACUUCAACAACCGUAUUGACGUCAAAAGAUAUCUGGAACGUAGAAAUACAGGGAUGUCUGUAAGCUCAAUGGAUUCUGUGGCAAAGGAAUCGUUUAUCCAUGUCGAAACAACCGACCUAGGUACUUCGUCGCAAACCGCGUCUCCAAUUUCUGCAUCAUCUUUCUUCUCGAAAACCACCCAAAUAACCAACUAUCCUUCUCCUCUACCCGAAACAACCCAUCCAAUGAAUCCAAACUCUCGUAUGCGCUCGACCAGCAUAGUAAUGGAAAGAUUCAUUCCUGAGAAUAAACUCAAGGAAAAUGAAGGCAAGACUAAUGGAGUGACACCGAAUAAUGCCCGGAAAGGGAGUCUUCGCAAAGAGGUCAUGAUGCCUGCUUGGCAGAUAUUUAGCUUAAUACCCUGGUACACCGACAGUACACUCAGCGACGCACAAUCCGCAAUUCAUUUCUCUUCCCGAAGGCCUAUUCUUGGAAUUUGUUUAAAACGCUACUCUGUGCUCCCUAAUGGAAACGCAGUGCGCCUAAAUACCUUUGUUGAUAUCCCGAUCGAAAUUGGACUCCCUCAUUUCAUCCAGGAUGAUGAAAUGGAAAACGAAGGCCCGUUAUGUGGGAAUUUCAAACUUUCUCUACAGGCUGUAAUUUGCCAUCGUGGAAACUCCGUCGAGUCCGGCCAUUAUAUAGCCUUAGUCAGGGGCACUUCGCUUAAUGACCCCGAUAAGUCUUCGAAGUACUGCCGUCACUGGAUGCGUUUCGAUGAUUUAACCCAGGAAAGAAUCACACUUGUCGAUAUAGAAAAGGCGCUAGUCGAAGAGUCCCCUUAUCUCCUUUUCUACCAAAUAUUGCCCAUAGACGAUGAUUCUGAAACAGUUUCCCGCGGGCGCCUCUCAUCUUCCAACGACGAGGAGGCGCAAUCUCGAAAACUAUUUCAUAAUCCGUACCCGGAUGUAACGGUGAAUGACAGUUCUGAUGUUGAAACAGAUGGUGUACUUCAUGAUCACUACCCUAAUCAUCGGUUCGAAUCCCCUGGCGCGUCAUCUCCUAAUUCACAAAUCCGUUUUCCUGCGGAAGCAAACGAUGAAUUUGUUGGUGAUCGAGUUAAGUCUACCUUGUCCUCCGAAGGAACGUCUACAUCCGCGAAUGCUGUUCGUUCAAUUAGCCGGGAAAUGCCAGAUGUGGUGGAUGAUGGGCACAUGAUUCAUGCAUCUACGAAAAAUGAUACUAUAGUUGUUGUUGAGCCCACAUCCGACGUCGAUUUCGAAGGGAGCAACACCAGAAGCUCUAGGGUUGAAAGGAGAGCACAGGCCAAACAUGCAAUGCUGGCGAAGGAAAAACCGGAUAAUCCUGUGAAGCACCGAAGCCAUCAUUCUCUGAAGAAAAGAAGUGGAAAACCUGACCGGGAAUGUCUAGUAAUGUGA